CUCUUCUCUCUGUGGAGAUUUUUUCUCCUUCCGCGAGAAUGGAGGGAAGUACUCUCACCCGCGUUUAUUCCCGCUUUUCCAUUUCUUAUUCAAAUUUCUAUCUAUGUGAGAAGUCCCAGUUGCAGCCUGCGAAAUCGCCAUUAUCGAACUGUUUACUUUCAUGUCGAAUGAUUUAUCAUGGAGAGAGGUGUACCGUUUCUUUAAGAACUCUUAAUUUCGCUAAAAGGACUAGGGACUACGACUUAGAGAGUUCUCGUCGUCGAGCAGCUGGCAAGACUCAGAAUCUGAAUUUGGAGGUUUCACCCCACAGAGCUGUGUCUGCAGUGAGAUUGAUGAGAAUAGAGUUUGGGGGUGCUUUUGCUGACCUUCUGAAUGAGAAAGGAAAGGGUUCUGCGAAAAAUGAGAUGGCAUACAUUGAAAGGACCCUUGGAUUUCGCACUCGGGACUUGGAUGAUAGAGAUCUCAGAUUGGUGACAGAGAUUGUAGGAGGUACUAUUCGUUGGAAACGGUAUCUGGAUCAUCUGAUAACGUCAUUAUGCCACGACGAGAGAGCAUUUAGAGGCAUGGAGCCUCUUCUCCUGCAGAUCCUACGAAUUGGUUGCUAUGAGAUUGACAAGUUAGGUAUACCGCCAUAUGCUGCUGUGGAUGAGUGUGUUAGGAUUGCAAAGGUUGCUCUCAGGCCUGGUGCAGGUAAUAUGGUGAACGGGAUUUUGCGGAAGUUGGCCUUGCUCAAGGACAAGAAUUUUCUUCCUCUGCCCAAAGUGGAAGGUGAUGAUCGUUCACGAGCACGUGCGCUUGCCACUCUUUAUUCCCAUCCAGUUUGGAUGGUAAGGCGAUGGACAAAGUCUAUUGGGGAAGAAGAAGCAGUGCAGCUGAUGACGUGGAAUAACAGUGAACCCAGUUUCAGUCUCAGGGCAAACAGGAAGAAAGGUUAUACAAGAGCUGACCUUGUGAAGCAGCUUAACAUGUUGAAGGUUCCGUAUGAGACUUCUUUGCAUCUGGAUGAUUUUGUCCGUCUUAAAACUGGCAUGCAGGGUGUCAUACAAGCUGGAUUACUGAAAGAAGGUCUAUGUUCAGUUCAGGAUGAGAGUGCAGGUCUCGUUGUAUCUGUUGUGGAUCCACAACCUGGAGACACCAUUAUUGACUGUUGUGCAGCACCGGGAGGCAAGACUCUUUUCAUGGCAUUAUGUUUGGGUGGCCAAGGUAUGGUAUAUGCAAUUGAUAUAAACAAAGGUCGGUUAAGAAUUCUAAAAGAGACUGCCAAGUUGCAUGAAGUUGAUGGUGUCGUCACCACUUUCCAUUCUGAUCUUCGUAUCUUUGCUGAAGAGAAACCAUUGAAGGUUGACAAAGUGUUGUUGGAUGCUCCCUGUUCGGGCCUGGGUGUUCUUUCCAAGAGAGCGGACUUGCGGUGGAAUAGGAAAUUCGAGGAUAUGGAGCAACUGAAGAAUUUACAGGAUGAUCUACUCAAUGCUGCUUCAAUGUUGGUAAAGCCUGGUGGAGUAUUGGUUUACAGUACUUGUUCCAUAGAUCCUGAAGAAAAUGAGGAGCGAGUGACUGCAUUUCUUCUUAGGCAUCCGGAAUUUCACAUAGAUCCUGUUGAUGGAUAUGUUCCACUCGAGUUUGUAACAGAUAAAGGCUUCUAUUUCUCGAACCCUGUGAAACAUUCUCUUGAUGGAUCCUUUGCAGCUCGUCUGUUACGGUCCUUGUAGAAUAGCAUAAUGAGUGCCUAACAGAAGGCUCUUGCAGGUGAUGCACAACAUGCCCGAAGCAAAGUGAGUGGGUCAUCAUGAAGAUAUACUUGGGACUACUGUUUGAGAAAUGCUUCAUGUGAUUAGAAACGGAAAGAUUGGUAUUCCACA